AGAAGGGCCGGAAAUCUGGGGGUUUUCCUUUCUUAAAAGUGAGCCUCUGUGUGUGUGUGUGUGUGUGGCUGGGGGGUGGAGAAUGGGAAACCCUCCAGUCUCCUUCCUGCUCCACCUUCUCCAGGAGGGAGCCUGCCUUUUGAAUCCCCAGCCACGGUUUGCACUGCAUUGCUUGGCUGAUCUGCAAAAGAGUUUUGCUCUGGAUUUAUUUCUGCUGCAUCUCUGGAAGGGAGGUGAGUUUUAAAGGGGUGGGUGCCAGACCAGAAAGGAGGGGGGGAGAGACACCAGGAGAGGGAGGUAAUGGGCUGCAGGGACCAGGCACCCACACCCACCCACCCACCCUCCAGUCAUUUAAAAAGCAAACAAACACCUAUACUAUCUGUGCAAAUUUCACCUGCCACAAUCAGUUUCUGCUUGGCUAUUUCAUCUGCUUCCUGCUUCCACUAUGUGCUUUGGAGUCCUCUUCUUCUUCUUCUUUGGCGGUCUCUCGUAGCUGAGUAAGAUUGUCUUCCAUGAACACAGUCUUAACAGUGAGACCUUAAGUGACUGUGGAGGCCAGUUCUGGAUCCACACGCCCUUGCACAGUGGGGACAUUGGUUUCUGGGCUGGAGUUGAUCACGGUGAGGGUUUGCCAAGCGUGCCUUCCUCUUAGCACGUUUCUCCCUUGCGUCCUGAGUUCGAGUGUCUUCACAGCCCAUGAUACCUUUGGUAAAGGCAGUUCUCCAGUUGGAGCACUCGCAAGCCAGUGUUUCCCAGUUGUCGGUGUUUAUACUACAUUUUAAGGAUGCAGGUGGCGCUGUGGGUUAAACCAUAGAGCCUAGGUCUUGCCGAUCAGAAGGUCAGCGGUUCGAAUCCCCACGACGGAGUGAGCUCCUGUUGCUCAGUCCCAGCUCCUGCCAACCUAGCAGUUCGAAAGCACGUCAAAGUGCAAGUAGAUAAAUAGGUACCGCUCCGGCGGGAAGGUAAACGGUGUUUCCAUGCACUGCUCUGGUUCGCCAGAAGCGGCUUAGUCAUGCUGGCUACAUGACCCAGAAACUGUACGCCGGCUUCCUCGGCCAGUAAAGCCAGAUGAGCUCCGCAACCCCAGAGUCGGUCACGACUGGACCUAAUGGUCAGGGGUCCCUUUACCUUUACCUUUACACUACAUUUUAAAAGAUUUGUCCUGAGAGAGUCUUUAAACCUCUUUGGUUUUUGCCACCAGCAUUAUGCUUUCGAUUCUUAAGCCGGGAAUAGAGUAGUUGCUUUGGAAGACAAUAAUCAGGCAUCCGCACAACAUGAAUAGCCCUACAAAGCUGAUGUUGAAGUAUUGUUGCUUCGAUACUGGUGAUCUUUGCUUCUUCCAGUACACUGACAUAAGGUCGCCUGUCGUCCCAAGUGAUGUGUAAAAAUUUUCGGAGACACUCUUGAUAGAAUCUUUCAAGGCGUUGGAGAUGGCGUUUAUAAGUGUUCCAUGUUUCACAAGUAAGGUCGGUAGUACAAUAGCUUAGCAUUUCGGUUUCCCUGCGAAUGUCCCGGUCCUUAAACACUCUGUGUUUCAAUUAGGAGAAAGCUGCACUCACAGAGCUCAGGCAAUGCCAGAUUUUGGCAUCGAUGUCAGCCCUUGUGGAAAGAUAACUGCCCAGGUAGGAAAAGUGAUUGACACUUUCCAACGUUGCACCAUUAAGUUGGAUUUGUGGCACUGCAGAGAGGUUGUUUUGUGCUUGUUGGUGCAGCACUUUGGUUUUUUUUGGAUUUAUUUAUUUCUUUUUAAAAAAUAUAUUUUUAUCAACAUUGUUUUAUUUCUGUGAAAUUAUUUUUAUAUAUUAUACAAUUUAUCUCAUACAAGUUUUCUCAUACAAUUUAUAUACUGCUUGACUGAAAAAAACGCUCAAAGAGAUGUACAAAAAGAAUAAAACUAAAAUGAUCGGUAAAAAGAGCUAAAAGCAGUUAAAAGCAGCUGCUUAAAACAUUCAAAUAAUAAUAAAAAUCCACUAAAAACAGAUUAAAACACAUGUAAAUAGUCUACAUAUCUGGGUAGGUUUGCCUAAAGAAAAAUACUUUCAGCAAGCUCCAGAAAGAGUACAGGAAAGGGACCGGCCUGAUGUCAAUGGGAGGGAGUUCCAAAGUGUCACACUAACUGGUCAUUUAUAUAUACUGUAUAUUUAUUCUGCAUAUAUCAUAUUAAUAUAUGAAUAAAAAUUAAAACAAACCAAAAAAUCCAUAUCUCUUUCUCUAAACAGGCCCAUCAUUUGUGAGUGCAACUUGUUUGAAGGGCAGAAGUACGGUAGAGACACAGGCCAUUUAUCCGAAAGUCUGAAGUUAUAAGAAGGCGAGGAAGAGUGGUGUGAAGCUUGACUUGCGAUAAGCCUGUCCCAUAGCUUCGGAAAGAAAAUGGCUGACCAGCAAAGGAUUCUGGGAGGCCAGGCUGCUCUGGAUGAAGACCAAAUGGAUGAGGAGGACCUCACGGGCCCUGAACAAGUUGAGGGAUCUGGAAGACGUGGGAAAGCACCUCACGGCAUCCUUCAUCCCAGGAGCGUCAGGAGACUUAUGAAGAGGAUAACGAUCCCCUGGGUUAAAGAGGAGGCGGAGGAGGGCCUGCUCCAGAGCCAGGGGUCCGAGUGGCUGGAGUCCCCCGGGGGGAAGCAGGCCCCUUGCUCGCAGCCGACAGAGCCCGCCAUGCCCUGGGGAGACAUCAAGGCCUUCCUGGCCCACUUUGAGGGGGCCGGCGAGGCCAACCAGUGGGCGACCCGGCUGGGAGAAGCAGCCGAGGAAGGCUUGGGCGGCCCCAACGCCCGAGAGAGUUACGGGAAGAUGAAGGCGGCCAUCUUGCGCGGGGAGGCCAGCUGCAGGGAGUGGCAGCGCCAGCGCUUCCGUCUCUUCUGCUACGAGGAGGCCGAGGGGCCCCGGGAGGUUUGCGGGCAGCUGCGGGAUUUCUGCCACCAGUGGCUGAAGCCGGAGAGGCGCAGCAAGGAGCAGAUCCUGGAGCUGGUGAUCUUGGAGCAGUUCCUGGCCGUCCUGCCCUCGGAGAUGCAGGGCUGGGUGAAGGGAAGCGACCCGGAGACCUGCGGGCAGGCGGUGGCCCUGGCGGAGGAGUUCCUGCUGAGGCAGCGAGAGGGCGAGCGCCAGGAAGAGGAGGUGAGGCUGCCGAGAGGGAGAGGGCAAAGUCUGAGAGCUGCUAUUGCUCCUUACAGACCAGUACUGCUGGCACCGGUUGGCCAGCGGCUUUCCCAGCCAUGACCAGAGAUGAGUGAGGCUGAACAUUUUGCAUCUGCUCUGCCCCUGAAGUUGUGGUGCUUCAGACAUGCAAGCUGGGCUGCCUUUAGCUCAGGGGUUGGGAACCUCAGGCCUGGGGCUGCACACAGCCUCUGCUUGCCCCAGGCCAACCCCUCACUGCUCCUGCUUCCUAGUACAGUGGUACCUUGGCUUAAGAACUUAAUUCGUUCUCGAGGUCUGUUCUUAACCUGAAACUGUUCUUAACCUGAAGCACCACUUUAGCUAAUGGGGCCUCCUGCAGCCGCUGUGCCGCCGCUGUGCGAUUUCUGUCCUCAUCCCGAAGCAAAGUUCUUAACCCGAGGUAAUAUUUCUGGGUUAGCAGAGUCUGUAACCUGAAGCGUAUGUAACCCGAGGUACCACUGUAUUGUUGUGGUUGUUGCCUUCUCCCUGUCUCGAGAGACAUUGGAGUGUGACGACCUGGGGGCUCAAGCCUCGGCUGUGUGUAUGGAUGCCCCGGGCUGCCCAGAUGAUAUGAUUAUUAUAUAUUCAUUCAUAUCCAGCUGUUUUUGGACUACAACUCAUUCGAAAUAUGCACUUCUCUGAGUUUUGCCAUGCAGUUCUCUGGCCAAGUGACAUGUACAGAAAUGCAUAUGUCGGGGUAAAGAAGUAUGCAUAAAAAUUAGUGAAAAUAACAGCCAGAAAUGCAUUAUAUUGUUGUGGGGAGGAAAUGCGCUGCAAAAAUGUGUAUUUUAUGCAAAAUUGCAUACAAAAGUGUGUUGUGGUAUCUCGCCCAGAAAAAUAAUAAUAGCAAACUGACGAGGGAGAGUGAGGAGCUGAACUUACAAUUAGAAAAAUGGGGAACUGAGAGGAACUGUAAUUGACAGAUUUGCCCGUCCUUACUGUUGGGUUCUUGCUGCCUUUUCAGGUCUUGGGGCUGUUUGAGGAAGGAGCUGGGGAUUCCCUCGAGGGUGAGCAGAUCCUGUUGGAUUCCAACCAGACACAGCUGGACAGUGAACUUGAGCAAGAGAACGACCCAGCAGAUGGGAGCGUCUGUCGUAAGUCCAGUACAUGGGUUAGUCUUCCCUUUGUGUUGCUUUGAAACCUGCCUUUGCAGCCAUGAAAGCUAGAGACUUCCUUUGCCCUGCUGGGCAGAAACAGAGCCCCAGGACCUUGUCACUCAUACAGAUCUCUCUUUGGAUGUUGUCUCUAACAGGUGACCUCGAGGGAUCCAGUGAAAAUGAGGCUUCCGUGGGGAAUCCAGAGCAAACAGAGGUUGAUGGAGCCUUGCUCAGAAGAGAAAAAUGUGUUUCCCGGCACCAUCCAAAACCAGGACAAACUUCCAAGAAAUGGCUCAGGACAAGGAGGAAGCAGGAAUGCAGCCCAGACAAAAGAUCAGGUGCCUCUUUCCUUGGAGUAGACGAUGUCAAGGACACCCCAGCGAGGUCUGCGUUCGAGAAGGUGGAGCCCUGUGAGGAAGAGGGGGGCGAUUUUGGUGACGAUGCGGACUUCUUAAUUGAUGCUGAGGGCAAGCCCCACAAACGCUCAGAGUUUGCGACGCCCAGUCAGAGAGCUGAGUUUAUGAAGCAUCGCGCGGGAGCCCAAGUGGCAAGUGAGAAGAUUUGCUGCUGUUUGAGCUGCGAGAAAAGCUUGCACUCCGAUUUAAGCCCAGCUGAGCACGAGCAAAGUGACGCACAGGAAGAAGAGGCUUGCAGAUGCUCAGACUGCGGGGAAAACCUGGACAGGGGCUUGGCACUUGUUAAGCGUGCAAUAAUCCACGCAGGAGAGAAGCGUUACGCGUGCUUAACCUGCGGGGAAAAGUUUAGCCUCUAUUCGAGCCUCAUGAAACACAAGCGCACCCACGCUGGAGAGGAGAUGUAUGCGCCCUUUGAGGCCGGGAAGCGAAUCUGCCGGAGCGACAGCCCUCCUUCCGUGCCAGAGAAAACUCUGGCAGCAGAGAAGCCUUACACAUGCCCGACUUGUGGGAAGAGCUUCAGUAAGAGUUCCGGCCUCCGUUUCCACAAGAGAAUCCACACUGGCGAGCGGCCUUACACGUGCGGGGAUUGCGGGAAGAGCUUCAGCCAGCGGUCCAACCUUAUCCUGCACCAGAGGACCCACACCGGGGUGAAGCCUUUCCGGUGUUCCGAGUGCGGGAAGAGCUUCCUGCGCAGCUCGGACCUGGUGAGGCACGAAAUCACCCACACGGGAGAGAAGCCGUACACGUGCGCCGAGUGUGGCAGGUCCUUUGGCCACAACUCAACGCUCAUUGCCCACGAGAGGACCCACACGGGCGAGAAGCCGUACAAGUGCUCCAUCUGCGGUAGAAGCUUCCGGCACCACUCGGGCCUUAUCAAACACGAGAGGACCCACACCGGGGAGAGGCCAUACGCCUGCCCAGCCUGCGGGAAAGGCUUCAGCCAGAGCUCAGGCCUCACGCUCCACAUGAGGACCCACACGGGAGAGAAGCCUUACCAGUGUUCGGCUUGCGGGAAGAGCUACAGCCAGAGGUCAAAGCUUACCAAGCACGAGAGAACUCACCUGACAGAAUAACUUUACAUUUUCUCAUUCAGAGGGUCAGGGUGUGAGGUGGGCAGAGGUUGGACCUCAAACCUCUGGUCUGUGGGGUGCUUGUGGGGGGAAACUUCAGUUACACGUGAGAGCUGCCAAACAGUGGGCUCCGUUAGCAAAUCUGAUUGUGGGGGCAUCCCCACAGCAGUGCCAUGUGUCCACACCAGGUGUCGCCAAACAACACCCACAGGAGACAGUGUGCCCUCCUGUGGCACCUGUGGAAAACUUCAAUAAAUCACCUCUCAAACAUCCACAAGUUGAAAGGGACCCUGCCCUCCCUGCUCAGUUCCUGCCUGCACUGUCUCAGCCCCUCCUAAAUUGAAUGCGCCUCUUUAUAGCUGCCCACAUUUCACUAGGUGCCAGGGCUUCAGAGAGAUGUUCUGAAUGGGAGAGAAGAGCAACUUCUUUCUGUAAGUGGUGGCAGAUGUAGGUACCUGUUUUUUCUUGAGGGAGAAGGUGCGUGCCUGCAUCUUUUUGCGGCCUUGUCUCUUUUCCUGCUCUUGUGGAUGUGCCCACCAUUUUGUGCUAUGCCACAUCCCCACAGCAGCCAUUUUGUGACAGGCUCCGCUGGCAGUUUCUCAGAAUUCCACUGGCCCAAAAAAUGUGGCUGACCACAUGCUAUUGUCCUCAUCAAAAUGCUAUCCUGUAUAAUUUCCCCCUUAAUUGAGACGUACUGUCGCUGUGGAAAACCUGUUGCUGUGGAAUUUAAUCCAAUAAAUUUAAAACAAACAAACAAGCUGUAAAAACAGAUUAAAUUGGGCAGGGAGGAAGGGACGUCAUUUGGUUGAGGAUGACAUGGUCAAGAUGCUGUGGAAAAUGUGAACAGUACCAAGUCCACAAUAAGUGAAUUGCAUUUCUCAGGGCUUCAGCAUGAAUUGUGGGUGGUCCUUGUAGCCCCCAACAACUCAAGCCUCUUCCAUUUGAAUGUUCAUUCAAACAAUAAGCUAUUCCACUGCUUUUGUUGUUGUUCCAGUAAGCGAGGUGUUUGCUCUUUAUUUUUCUAAUCCCAACUUGUCUUUUUCUUAACAUGGUUUUAACUGCCACAGAGGGCGCUUCCAGACUCUCGCUAUUUGGCGGGCAGGAUUCCUUCAUAUACCAGCAAAUGCAGGUUGUACAGUUGCAGUUGAUGGGGAGGUCUUGAGCCACAAAUCCACUUCCAUCCCCCCAAGAAAGGAUUAGACUUUUUUCAGGAAGGAAAGUGAUGGGGAAACUCACUGAGGUAACCCUUGCUUGGACGCCGUCUUAUGUAGCCUUCCCACAAACAAAGCAGAAUUCAUGAGAACAUAGGAAGCUGCCUUAUCUACCAAGUUCAGACCUUGGGUCCAUCUUGCUCUCAGUAGUUUCUAAUCUGACUGGCAGUGGCUCUCCUGGAUUUCAAACAGGAUCUUCUCCCAGCAUUCCCACAGAUUCCAGGGAUUAAAUCUGCAUGCAAAGCAGAUGUUCUGCAGCCAACACCUGUCUAAUCUGUGAACCAAUUACAGUGAAUGCUCAAUAAACAAGACGCCUGGAAGGGCAGCUAUACCUCACACCCUGUUUGUGUCCAGAUGUCCAACUCACAUUUGCUUAUGACUGAAAAUAGUUGUUUGAAAGGGGGAAAGCAUACUGUCUUCAUUUUUUCAAUGGUGUAUGUACACAUGCUGGGGAUGGAAGGGCACCCCCUCAUGUGAAAGGGAAAAUACCUCACCUAAGGUGGUGUCUGUUGUAUGCCUUUUUCACUUGCAUCUGUAUUAAAAAAAAGAAUGGAUAUUUCUUUUAAAAAUGGAUGGUUAAUUGGGAUGUGUAUUUAAAAGAGCUG